AUGAAUCUCUAUCCAGCUACAAUGUCAGCUCCCAGUCACUCUCACUCCCACGACGGUGGCAUCUCGCACUCCCACGAUGAUGCCUUUGGAGGCCAUGGCCACUCGCACGAGAUCUACGACGGACCAGGCUCUUAUAUGAACCGCGAGCAGCCGCUUUCGCAACAUGAUGGGAGGGAUUGGAAGGAUAGAGCUUACACAAUUGGCAUUGGCGGACCAGUUGGAUCCGGCAAAACGGCCCUUAUGUUGAAAUUAUGCCUGGCCUUGAGGGAUGAAUACAACAUUGCCGCUGUGACCAACGAUAUCUUUACAAAUAUCGAACAAUACAGAGAAGAUGCAGAAUUCCUCACGCGAAACAAAGCUCUCGCUCCCGAAAGAAUCUCCGCCAUCGAGACCGGCGGAUGCCCUCAUGCCGCCGUCCGCGAAGACAUCAGCGCCAAUCUCCUCGCGCUACAAACCCUGCAACGCAAAUUCAACACCGAUCUCCUCCUAAUCGAGUCCGGCGGCGACAACCUAGCCGCCAACUACUCGCGCGAACUAGCCGAUUUCAUCAUCUACGUAAUCGACGUCGCUGGUGGAGACAAAGUGCCCCGAAAAGGCGGACCGGGGAUUACGGGUAGUGACCUGCUGGUUAUUAACAAGAUCGAUUUGGCGGAGGCUGUGGGUGCCGAUUUGAGUGUUAUGGAACGUGAUGCGGGCAAGAUCAGAGAGGGUGGCCCGACGGUCUUUGGCUCGGUGAAGCAUGGGAAUGGUGUGGAUCAUAUUGUCAAUUUGAUCAUUAGUUCGUGGAAGGCAAGUGGAGGGUAUGAGACGAGUUUGGAGAGGUGGAAGAAUGGUGCUGUGAGAGGGUCUGGAGCUGUUUAA